AAUUUACCUGGAAAAUGGAUGAGGAACAAAUGUGGAAAGGUUUCUUCAACAAAUUGCAGGAGAUUAAAAUGAACCCUCCAACGGAGCAUGAACACCAGCUACAGGAUUCCGAUGGAGGUUUUUUUGAAAAGUUCGGAGAUUUGUUACGCCAAAAAUCGCAAUAUGAAGAACAUACGUUUGAAACUUCCUUAGCUCCAUUUCGUGAUGAGGAUAAAAGUGAUGAUGGAUCUUGUACAGACAGUGGAUUGGCUAAAGAUGCCAAUUGUGUUGAAGUUGAAGUACAGAGUCUACAUAGUGUAUCUGCGGUGGAAAACAUUAGUGAAGCACUUUUCGACAAAGGGAUUUGUAUGAAUGUUGACGAUUUAUAUGAAGAAAUUUUAUUUGAAAUUAACAACAACAUUGGCUGUGACCUAAGCCAAGAAUAUACAAAAACCAUGGUUGAGUUUGCCCAAGAAGUAUUCAAAAUGCCUAAUUCAACCCAUAAUGAGAUUUUGGAGAUUGCUAAAAAAGAGCCACCCAAAAUUAGAUUAAAUGUGGAAAUCAUAAAAGCAGAAAACUUACUACCAAAGGAUUCAAAUGGUCUGUCUGACCCGUUCGUAACUUUGUUCUUGGAAUCUAAUAGUUCCCAUCGUUACAAUUCAUCCGUUAAAACUGCCACCUUAAAUCCAAUUUGGGAGGAACACUUUUCAUUACCAAUUUCUGAAGGACAUCGAGAAGAAGCUUUGAUUAUUGAAAUUUGGGAUUUUGAUGCUGCAGAGACAUUCAAGGAAAAGUUUAACAAAAUUUUGGAUGUUCGAGGUGUAAGAGGUCUCAGUAGACUAAUGAAAGAAAUUGCGGUAACUGCUUCUUCAGGAAAACAUGAUAACGAGUUAAUUGGACGUACUGUUGUUACACUUAAGUCUAUUCCAAUUUCAGGACUCACACAUUGGUAUAAUCUGGAGAAGGGCACCAAGACUAAAAGCCGAGGUUCAGUGUUUGUUAGUGUCGCACUAAGUGCUGAAAAAAACAAGAAUGUUGCAAUUCAAGAACAUAAACACCUAUUGAAACUAUUGCUAAUACACGAAUUAGAUACAUCUCAGGUUGCCAAUUAUUGGUGGAAUGGAAAAUUUAGUUCAAUGGCAGAAGCUAUAAGGACCCAGCAUGCUGUUCAAAGCGGGCUUUCAUCAUACGAUUGUGCAGUUAGUCAAUGGCACGCUUAUAGUACAGUCCACGAAACUCAUAAACUUAGCUUUAUACUUUUUAAUUCCAUACUGGACAUAUUGGUUCCCACAAUAAACUGUUUGCAGAAUGAUUCAGAAGAUGUGAAAAUAUUUUGGGACGGAGCAAAGCGAAUUUUACCAUCUUGUUUUUCGGUAUUGAGGAAACUACGUUUGAAAAAUAUCGGUGAUAAUAAAAUACUAAAAGCACUUAGCGAUGUAUUGGAUAUUCUAGCAAAGAUUAAAACAUUUGAAAUUCCACCGGAAAUUGACAUAUUUCCGUCAACUGUGUAUGGUUGGAUCGAAAAAGUCAACUGUGAAGAGUCGAACAAUAUUGAUACCAUUAUUGUGGAUGCUAUAAAUAAUGGAGCAAAGGAUUGGUUCGAACACAUUAUGGAAGGAAGUAAACAAAUAAAAGAUAAUGAAAACGAUGAAGAAAAAUUGCAAUAUCUAAUUCAAAUAAUACAAAUGAUUCGAUCAGAUCUUCAACGUGCAAUGGAAUAUUUUGAUAAGUUGUUCUAUCACAAAAUUCGGUUAAACUAUUCCACAAUAUUAUACUUAUUUUACGAUUUGAAGCUAACGGAAAUGUGCAAGGCAAUAGUAAUAGGUGUAUGUUCAAACAUUAAAAUGUUGGAUGUUCCCGAUGAUCAAUUCGAAUAUUUACCAAAUAUUGAUAAUGUGAAUAUGGGAACCACAUUAUUCGAAGCCUAUUUGGUACUCAAGCGAUACAUUGUCUUAGGCCUAUCACUAAGUCCCAAUGAUAAGCUACAAAUGUCUGAUUUCUAUCAAUGGUUUGAAAGAGGUGUGACACACUGGCUAGAUAUUUCAGUUAUAAAGGCACUUAACCGCAUUCAGAAAGCCAUAGAUUUGGACCAACUUCAUGCUGUUGAUGAAACUGUAAAAUAUAGUUCAUCCGCAGUGGACACAUUAGCUAUUUUUUAUCAAAUAAAAAUAUUUUGGCAACAAUUGGACUGGCCAGAAGUGGAAGGAUCAUACACAUUUGUUGCUAAAAUUGUGAAUGAUAUAUGUCGAUGUUGUGUGUUUUAUGCGCAGCGAAUGUCUCGGCGAGUAGAGAGUUUAACUAAGAUGGGUGAAGACGGCGAUAUGUUUAUGCUAUCAGAAGAAUGGUGUUUGGCCAUUAACAAUAUGGACUACAUUCGGCAAAGCUUACCGUCAUUUAUUAAGGAACUUGGAAGUGAAGAUGUAAUAAAACGAAUAGGAGAGUUCAGAUCAAAUCUAGAGGCAGAGCGAUGUACCAAUACUAUUAAGGCAGUUAUCGAUAAUGCCCUUGAUACCCAACGUAAUCAAAUCGUUGAAUUAAUUGAGCAUGUGGCGCAUAAAAUGUCUCCCCCAAUUCGACGAUUUCUAACUGAAGGAGCGGAAGUACUGCACAAAGAUUCCAAUUCCAUGGAAAGGUUGAUGAUAUACUUAGAGCAGUCACUAGAAACACUUUAUAAAACCCUCAACGAAGUCAAUUUCAGUAGAAUUUUGGACUGUAUUUGGGCUGAAUUGUCAAUAAUCAUUUAUGAUCUUAUUCAGUUGAAUCUGGAUAAACGACGCCCUCCAGCUUUUUUCCAAAAUUUAAGGGAGACUCUUCGCACAAUGAUAUCGUGUUUUAAAAUUGAUAACGCCGUAACGGAUGUUAAAAUUUUGUUGGAAAUUGAGACAAGACUGGAUCUAUAUGCUCUAGAAACUUCCGAACUAAUCCAUCAAUAUUAUCUCGAUCGAUUGAAAUAUCAAAAAGAAGAAUCGACUGCCAUUUUUGGCCAACUAGCAAUUAGCGCUCAAUUUACAGAUUCUGAGGUAACGCUUAAAAUACUAAAUGCUCGUAAUUUGCGACCCAUGGAUAAGAACGGCCUAUGCGAUUCGUUUGUAAAAGUUUCUCUGAUGCCAACGAAUCGAUUUAUCGGAUUUACUUCAUUUAAAACUGCAGUGCAUAAUAAAAACUGCUUUCCUCUUUAUGAUGAGCAAUUUAGUGUUGACUUAAAAGAGGAUCAACGCAAAAAUGGGAAUAGUCUGAUUCUAUUCAAUAUUAAGGACAAAGAUUUAUUUGGAAUAACUAGCCAACAUAUAGGUGAAUGUUAUAUAACGUUUGCCGAUCUCAGAGCUUGUCAAGAGGAACAAAUUCUAAUGAAUCUAUGUAGGCCAGAAUAUUCAGAUUCCAUGGCACUGCGAGCUCUAGAAAAUAGACAAGGAGAUAAACAAGCUAAGGAUUUCCUGAAAAAAUUGAGAACCAAGUCAACAUUCUGAUAUUUAAUUGAAGAAAUGGUAUUACUUAAUAUUUUAUUUUACCAUAUAAUUUAAAACCACAAGAUGCAUGCAUUUCAUUUCUUGUAAAUGUACAGAUUUAAAUAAAAAUGAUCUUU